AGUUACGCUAGCUUGUGGCGCAAUGUCCAACACUAUCAAGGCUUCAGUGGUCCAAGCUGCAACUGCUGCAUACUCGCUUCCCGAUACUUUGGACAAGCUAGAGAGAUUGACUCGCCUUGCCAAAGAACGCGAUGGUGCACAGCUGGCCGUAUUCCCGGAAGCAUUCAUCGGCGGGUACCCAAAAAUGUCUACAUUCGGGCUUGUUGUGGGGGAUCGUCUCCCGGAAGGACGCGAUGAAUUCGUCCGUUACGCGAAAGCCGCCAUCGAGAUCCCAUCGCCCGCUAUAACUAGAAUCGAGCAGAUCAGCAAGGAGACGAACGUCUUCCUUGUUGUCGGUGUUAUUGAACGCGACAAUGGCACCCUCUAUUGCACCGCAAUUUUCGUCGACCCGGAGAAAGGCUAUGUCGCGAAGCACCGAAAGCUCGUACCAACCGCCAUGGAACGCACGAUCUGGGGCCAAGGCGACGGCACGACACUCCCAGUGCUCACCAAAACGUUCGAAAGUACCCAAGGUCCUCCGGUUGAGACGAAGCUCUCCGCGACCAUAUGCUGGGAGAACUACAUGCCUUUACUCCGGACGUGGUACUACUCUCAGGGGACACAGAUUUACUGCGCGCCAACUGUCGACGCGAGGCCAUUGUGGCAGAGCACGAUGACACACAUCGCCCUGGAGGGCCGUUGCUUCGUCUUGUCUGCAUGUCAGUUCUCCCAGGAGAAGGAUUACCCUCCGGACCAUGCUGUGGCGAACGCCGAAGCUCGGGACCCCGAGAACGUGAUGAUCGCUGGCGGAAGCGUCAUCAUCAGUCCUCUGGGCAAGGUGCUGGCGGGCCCCCUUUUGGGCACCGAAGGCAUUAUCUCGGCGGACUUGGAUAUGGACGACAUCCUCCGCGGGAAGUUCGAUUUGGAUACUACUGGCCAUUAUGCGAGGAAUGAUGUAUUCCAAUUGAGACUUGUUGACCCAGCAGUGUCAUCUGCGAAGUAAUGAUGGCAUUGAGCAAUGCCGUAGCUGUUGUAGAACCUCCAGCGAGAAUUUGAAGUAGCCUUCCCAGGAGCUGUCCGAAGGAUCCCGCAGCGUAUGCGUAGGCAAUAUAGGCUGUCCGUCGUGUACAGAGUCACGACCAUGUUCACGUCAGUACUCCUUAGUGAAGGACCUUCGGACUGAUGCUGUCCAUCAGUCUUAUCAAACUCAUGCGUUAUUGUCUUCGGGAGUUCUGCAACUAUGCCUAAUUCGCUCGAGAAAGCGUGCGGCGAGUAACAUCGCGAACAAAUGGCUCAGAUAAUUGGGAUGAGUACUCGUGAUCAGGUCAAUGCUCACCGCUAUUGGCCAGAAGAUUUCGAGGAGGGUGUUAUAAGGACUGCAUCCAAAGUCUCCUGCGCGCGAUCGAUCGCAGGUGGGCCUCCUGCAUGCACUCUCUACCUUGCUCGUCAUCCUCGGACAUCAUGCUCUCGCUAUCGAACAUUCGCCGAGUUCGGCGGUUGAGCGCCGCCAGGUUAUUGCGCGGUGUCUCUCUGCGACGUCGUAGUACUACAUCAACUCUUCGCUUUGAAAUGG